AUGGCUAGAUUCGAGCCCUUCGGAGAUCAGCACAAGUUCUGUGAGCCGUCUUGGUAUCAAGGUGCCUUUACGCCUUACUAUACGGCUUCACAUGCUGAGUUCAGGAAACGUGUGAGGGACUUCGUGAUGAAAGAAAUCGAUCCUUACGCUGAGAGUUGGCUUGAAAAAGGCGGGUACCCUCUGAGCAUCCACAAGAAAAUGUACGACGCUGGACUGCAACAAGCUGUACUCAGAGUCCCGUCUGAGCUCAGCAAAACGCCAUCAGAAGAAUAUGACAUCUUCCACGAGAUAAUAUUUUUCGACGAGAUGGCUAGAGCGGAAUGUUAUCCGCGCAUGAUAAGCAUCGAUUCCAUGGCUCUGCCUCCACUCGUUAAGUACGGCCCGGCUCAUUUACGCGAGAAGUACGUAACGCCUGAUAUCUCCAACGCUAGAAUGGAACUGGAUUUUGCAGAUCUUGAGCUCUCGACAUUUUCUGAAUAA